CGAGAGAGGGGUAGAAAACACACAGCUUGAGUGAGAGAGUUCGAGCGCGGCUUCAUUGAAUGACAAAGAGUGAUGUUUACUUCCUACAACUACUCAUGUCGUGUAUUUCCUUGGCAAUGACCGCUUUUCUACAUUAGGACGCUGAGGACAACUUAUUUGAGCACUCAUUUAAAAAAUAAAGCAGACAUUCCAUUUCACCAUCAUCCGUAUCUGAGGUUCAUCUGAUAACCAAAAAUGAGCAUCACAAAGCAGUAUGUUUUAAGUAGCAACCCUUUCCCUGAGCAUGUGAUGCCAGUUGAUCUGUCCAUGAAUGCACAGAUCACCUCUUUCGCUUCCAGGUCCUCUACAGACCGGCACAGAUUUUCACCAUCUUCACCUACAUCUUCACUGUCCUCAUCCAGCUCUGGCGGCUCCCUGUCCUCCUACUCUUCGGGUACAAGCACACUACGCAAGAAAAAGCAAGUUGUAUUUGCUGAUUCAAAAGGUCUCAAUCUUGUAUCCAUCCGCAUCUUUAUCGCUGACCCUUCAGAGAUGGAAACAGAAGAGGCAGCACAGUCCGAGGAGCUUGUGAAGCCUAGAACGCCAGUGCAGAACCUGAGAUUUAAAGUGAAGCUUGGUUUUUCACAGCCUGUCCCAGACAUUGCAAGCUUGAUGAAAAACUUUGUGCAGUUGGAGAGCUGUAGAGUGAAAGGAAGGUUAUUGAGUGGAACUGUACGGGUCUUCAACCUCAUGCUUGACAAGACUGUUUUUGUCCGCAUUACUUAUGACUCAUGGCGGAGCCACAGAGACAUCCCAUGCAUUAAUGUAAGAGAGCCACAUUUAUCUUUUCAGACUGCUUUGUUUGAAUUUAUGGAAUAUCUACCAUCUGAUCUGGACCCAAAGGAGCUGCUAGAGUUUUUUGUGGUUUUCUGUCCUGGUAAUGUCAAAAAGCAAUAUGUGGACGACAACGAAGGUAAACAAUACCAGUUACAUGUGGAAAAUGUGGCUGCAGAAUCACGUCUGGGGUCAUCGGAAUCUCGCCUGGCACCAUUAGAACACCGUCUGGUGUCAUCAGAAUCUCGCCUGUCACCAUCAAAACAUCGUUUGGUGACAACAGAGCAUCGUCGAGCACAAUCAGAAGCUCAUCGAUUGGCAAUAGAGUCUCGCACAGUUACGCUAAGGCGGCGUUCCUUCAUUACACCAAGUCCCCAGUGCUAUUCUGCAUGGCCAGCAGAAAGAGUUCUUGACCAACAAAGGAUGACAAACAUGACAUGCAGAGCCUCACCAGACCAUCGGGUAUCCAAGAAUUUCAGAUCGACAAGUGUUACUCAAGUAAUAUGUUAAGAACGCUCUAAUCCAAGUUAGAUUCAGUUGCAGAUUCGGCCAAGUAUGAAUACAGUGACUUUCUGCACCUCAUGAAUUAUUGAAUGGACUUCUGUUGCACAGUACUUGCGGGUUUGCACAUGCUGCUGAAGCAGUUUAAUGUUAAUGUUUACCAUGCACAUGUAAAUAUGUUUUAAUUUGCACUUUACGUAUUUACACUAGCUUAUACAGGGUUAAAAGAUAACUGGUUCACUUUCCCUAUCACCCAUUUUUUCAGUCUUGAAAAGGUGAAAGUGAAGUGUCCUAUGUCACAUUUAAAAUCCUAUGUGUGUGUGUGUGUGUGUGUGUAUAUAUAUAUAUAUAUAUAUAUAUAUAUAUAUAUAUAUAUAUAUAUAUAUAUAUAUACAGUUUGUACAGUAUAUAUAAUAAUUAUGUAUUUAUUUUUCAACUUUUUUAUUAAAAAAAAUUAAAUGCU